UCAUGUGACAGGAGGGAGCUUUUGCAACCCGCAGUUUGGCGACAACAUGCUGGCGGCGGGCAGCUGGACCGCCCUGGCUCUCCUCUGGGCGGCGGGCGGCUGCGUGGGGCGUUCGGCGGGCUACAGGAGGAGGGGAGAUCCCAAGGUCUCUCUGGAAUACAACCCAGGCUGGGAGAGCUCUGCUGUGAAUCUCCUACACACCCGAGCAGUGGGCCUCAACGACACGAUUCACUACAUCUGGAGCACCAUUGGGGCACCCACAGCGUUGCUGGUGUACACCGGGAGCGACAGCAGCACCCUUCACGUCAACUGGACCCAGCUGCUCUCCUCUUCCCCAGCCGGAGCCAUCCGGGUCGAACCAGCUGAUAGUGUCUUGUAUUCCACUGCAGUUGUCUUUACGAGGCUGUGGGAAUACGAUGGCACCAACACGUCCGACCUCUCCAAGGUUCACGCGGAGCACUUCUACCCCAGCUACCAUUUGGCUAACUUCACCUGGGCCAGCCUCGAAGGCCAGCUGAACAAAACGGCGCUCUCGGCCGAAUUCCGAGGCGUGAGCUCGGGCCGCGAAGGGACGUUUUGGAACGGAAGCAUCUCUUUCCAGGUGACGGCGUAUGAGGGGGGCAGCCGUGACGGCCCCCUCCCGCGCCUGCUGCACAGCGCCAACAGCUCCAAGGUGGAGUUCGUCAUGCAGGGCGUGGCGCCCCGCGGCAACCGCUCACGCUUUGCCCUGGAGAUCCUGGCGCUGGAGCAGGGAGGCAGGCGGAAGCUGCUGCAGUCGGUCCGCUCCAUCGAUGAUGAAUAUACUCCGACGAUCUUUGAGAUGGCCCAGCUGAUCUCUGAGCCCCACAACAACAGCUUUGGGUCAAGCUUCCUGCAGUGGAAGACAGCCGCCUACAGCUCCCAGAAUCCCCAGCGGGAAGACACUGUCCACUGCCAGUAUUACCCACUUCAGGUGGUCAACACCACCGGUCCGGAGUUCAGCAUUCUCCGUGCCUACUUUGGGGAGGACCUUGAACGUCGCUGCAGCCUGUCUGCUGUCAAUAUCUCCUUUGGCAGCGAAAACAACGAAGCCUAUGAAGAAAAGGGAUACUUGAGUUGGUCCGCGCUGGUCGGUUUUGGGGAACCACCAAGAGAGGGAUUCUCUCUGCUGGUCAUUGGGAUUCUCGCCGUGGCGCUGGGAACGCCGGCAGUCCUCUUAAUUGUGGGGACCCUUGUUGUGCUCACAAGGCAAGAAAAGCCAUGUUCUGAGUACGAGCCAAUCAACUGAUGGGUGUGAAAAGCCCAAAGUGGACACUUCUCCAGGGCUGCACUUCCAUAUAGAUAAGAAAGCUUCAUUGUGGAUUAUUCCAAAGACACCUCUCUCAGUUGCCCCUGCGGGUUGGGAUUUAUUUAUCUUUUCCCCCUAAAGGGGGCUGAAUUCAUCUCAAAAUCAGGAUCGCGAAGAGGGACGUGUUCUCCGGGCCUGAUUGACACCUUCUGCUAUUUUGAAAAGGUUUUGCGGGGCUGCUGGAAUGACCACCUCAUCUGGACGCGCAGUUUUUGUUGAGCAGGAAUGGGACGUGACGUAACGGUUUAGUGGUUCUGGGUGACCAUCUCUCAAACGGUCUCUUCCCACAAUGUAUACGGGGUCCCUCACAAACAUGGAGCACAAUUCUCACACAUGGGGACGUUUCAGUUUACAGACUAAGUUCUCCAGGGCACUGCAUUUCUCAAUCAUGAACUGGUGGGAGAUUCGGGGUGGUCUUUACUCUUUCCCCCUCCCUAGAGCAGUUCCCUGCUACUGAUUUUGCAAGAGAUCUUGAGCUUUUGUUUCCCGUCUCACCACCUUCUCAGGGGAAUUAGUGUGUUUGGGGAGGGUCACCUCCCUUCCAUGCUGAUUUUGCUUUUCCCUCCCACCCUUGCAAAGACCCAGAACAUUAAACUCUGUUCUCAAUCAUCCCGCAGACCUUUCAGCUUAGGAAAAAAUGUUCUCUCUCUCUCUCAGCGGAUUUGCAUCAACAGCACGAAGUGUCUUGGCAAUGAAUUGCUGGCUUCUAAGCAGCCAACUUCUGUUUCUAGCUGAGGCUCCUGUGUCUUUUAAGGAGUGGAGUUGCAGCCGUUCCUUCCUGUGUUUUUUUUUUUUAAGUCACGUCCUUUAGGUAGUUCUCAGUUUUGUGUUCAUUAAAGCCACAAGAGCAUGGUUGGGGGGAGUAGUUGGCAGCUGUUGAAAAAAGGUGUGCGUGUGGGUCAGCCGCUAAUUCUGUUGUUUACAGGCUGCUGUUCAGAAAACAAAAGCAGGCAAAAUUGCACUCUGGAGUCAGUGGUACACUUUUCUUUGGAAACAACCUCCUCCUGUGCUGGUAGCUUAAGAGCUGAAACGAGCGCGUGCCACGGGGCUUGCAGAAUAGAUCUGUCUUUCUAGCGCGCUCUGGGGCAGAGCGGACUGAGGACAAAUUAAGAGUCGGGCCAAGGCCAGAGAGUUGCCAAGUUGAACUCUGUGAAAAGUUAGCAAAGCCGAGCCUUGGCAAGUUUCUGGAACAAACCUGUCUCUCCUUCAGGGUUCCAGAUGUUGGGAUGAGAAUUCCCAGCAUUCUCAGCACGUCGGCUAGGAAUGCUGGGAGUUGAAGUCCCAGCCCUAGCAGGGCUCUCCCGACUGGGGAAAACCCAGGUGAGAGCAAGUGCUAAAUCAGAGUGGGAAAGGCGGCCCAGGAAGACAGGAGAGGGUGUGGGGCAACUCCUAGGACCUGCCUGCCCCCUUCAUUUUCUCCGAGUCUGUGCUCCUCCUGGGCCUCUCCUCCGCUUAGGAGCUGGGACACUUCUGGAUCGAGGGGCACCGACGUCCUGGCUCGAAGCGAAGAGCUUUCGGCUUCAUUGUGCGUUGCUGUUUUAACAUACGCCACGUAGGGGGGAUUUGCUUGUGGGCCGGGAGCCUUAUGGGCCACGCGCUACGUACUACGUGUCUUUCAGGGACCAAUUAAAAGGGGCGUUUUGCAAUACAGCUUUUCUGAGGUCGUCUGUCGGUGUUCAAGUCCAGUUUUGGUCUCAGAGGUUUCCUUAACAGGCUACGCUUUGGAUUUGCUUUUCGAGAUCCCGUAGCCCUGUUCUUGACGGCUCUGCAAAUGCACCAAACCCAGAAAUAUGCAGCUUUGCAGCAGAUACAUUUUGUGCCCCAAACUGGUGCUUCACGGGGCAGCUCUCCUGUUAAAAUGAUCUUUAAAAGUCUGAGGGAUCUCCAGGGAGGUGUUCCCUCGGACUCAUAAAGAUUAUUUUAAUAAAAAGAGAACUGCCCUGCACAACACCAGUUUGGGGCACAAAAUGUAUCUGCUGCAAAGGGGGGACCUUGGUGAUAUGUGGUUCACGCAUUUUUGUGUGUGUGAAAUCAACUAUAUGUGAGUUAUUCAAUAAAUCACGGUUAAAUACCUGCAUUAGCUUAGUGUGAUACAAACAGGAGUAUUUUCUCUCUACUUCCUCCAUGCAGUUCGUAAUCUCUGGUGUCCCCUCUUGUGCAUAAUUCCACACUCUGUACUGGUGUGUGUAAGAAAAGGCUCCCAGAUCUAUCUGUCUGUCAGUCAGUCAGUCAGCCAGCCAGCAAUACAGUACUUGGACUCCCAUCCUGGGUUAUUUGGAACCGGGCUCAGAGGCCCCUCCCAGCUCCAUUUUCACUUUCCGCCUGCGCCUUUCUCCGGGCUCUGUGGGUGUGCUAGCCAAACCCUUCCACAAGCUGUUGGUGCUCACACCCACACUGAGCAGGGACACUGGGAAGUCAGUCGUAGGGUCUUAGGAUUGGAAGGGGCCCUGAGGAUCUUCUAGGCAACCCUCUGCCCAGGGCGGGCAUCCUCAGACCACCCCUGACGAAGGGUAGCCAACCUUGGUUUCAACACUGGAUGGAGCUCCCAGGAGGCGGGCUGUUCCCCCACUUAAGGGGUCACACCAUCAGGAAAGGCCUUUCGCUUUUGGAUAUCUCUGUAAAAAGGUUCCCCCCGUUGGUUCUUGUCCUGCCCUUAGAAUAGAUUCACAGCAUCUUCCUCAUGAGAGUCCUUGAAAGGCUGCUAACCUGUCUCCCCUCAGCUUUCUCUUUUAAAGGCUAGAUGUGCCUCGUUCCUUUCAAUGUUCAUCAUAGGGUUGAGCCUCCAAGCCCCUCGCCAUCUUUGUUCCUCUUCUCUGCACUCCUCCCAGUUCUGCAACAGCCUUCUAGUGACCAGAACUAGGCCCAGGAUCCCAGGUGUGGUCUGACCAGGGCAGCAUGGAGCAGGGCGAUGACUUCCCAUGAUCUUGACACCAUACGUCUCUUGAUGCAGCUCAAGACUGCAUUGGCUCUUUUGGCAGCUGCCGCACGUUGCUGGCCCAUACUUAAUCUGUAGUCUACCAGGACAUCCAGGUCCUCCUCACAGGCACUGCUGCCAAAACAGGUAUCACCUAUUUUGGACCCGUGCAAAUGUUUCUUACCUAAGUUCAGAACCUGACAUUUCUCACCAUUGAACAAGGUUUUGUUGGAAAAGGGUCAAAGUUCCAGUCUCUCAAGGUCCUUUUCAACCUGAGCCUGUCUUCUAAGGCAUUGGCAACCCCCCCAGCUUUGUGUCAUCCCCAAAUUUUAUGAGCACCCCCUCUAUUCCCUCAUCAAAGUCAUUUGUGAAGAAGUUGAGUACUAGGCUCCAGAGAGAGCCAUGAGGGAUCCCGCCACAUACCUCCCUCCACUUGGACACAGGCCCACGUUCAGCCAAUUUUG